AGCCUGUAGUCGGCUGAAACGAACGAAGACGGAAAGCACACAACAAAACAAGAGCCUUUCACUUCCCUCGUACACUUUCUUUUCCUUUUCCUUUUCGCUAUAAUCCCUACACCUCGUUUGAUCGAUUGUUUGCGUUUUUUACUUGUCGUCGUCGUAGUAGGAUUAUCGGUGUUGCUACCACUACGGCGGGACACCGACAUCAAUACCUUUUCCCGCUUUGUUGGUUUGUUUGAAUUUCAUUUUCUUUUUAUUUCCUCGCCUCCGCCAUGUCCAUCCGCAGCGAAAACGAACGCAGCUGCGACGCCGCCGACGCCAACGGCGACAGCAGCGCCUCACGCACCCCGCUUUUCGUGCCGCCUCCGGACCGGCCCUGGACCGGUGCCGAACUGGCGCUCGCCAUCAGCACCGACUCGCCGCAGCUCCCCGCACGCCAGCAGAGCAACAGCGCGGAUGCAAGCAAGGCGACCACGACGACUAUUUUUACGUUCCCCUUUACUCUGCCUGGCGGCCCGGGCAUCGCGAAGCUGCCGACGCUGAGUCCACCACUCCCCCGUCCUGAAGCUGAGGAAGCAGAGGCAGAAGCGGCGUCGAGAAAUGCAGAGCGACCUCUGUGCCAGCCCCAACUACCUCCGCGUCGAGGAAGCCAGGCGGCGGCGGCGGCGCGAGACGGCUUGCUGCAGAGGAGCUCGAGCGCAACCCACACCGCUGCCGUCGCUGAAGCCAACGCCGUCGUGCUUCCUCCGUGCUCCUCGCCCGGCCUAGAGUCCCAGACGUCGUUUCCCACCAUGUUCGUGUCUGGUGUCACGCAAGUCGGCGCCAUCACCGUCGAGACGCGCUCCGCGGGUGACCUGCACGGUCACUCUCUCUCCUUCGUCUCCUCCGACACGACGAUCCCUUCGGACACGCCACUGCCGACUCUGUCUCCGCAGACGCCGUAUGUAUUCGCGUAUGGCGAGUCCUCCGGUUCGGGUGCGGCGGAGACCCCCACGACGCUUACAAGUAGCGGCACUAACAAGAGGACGAACAGUCCGAGUUGCAGUCCAAGCAUGCGCCGCAACAACCAUACCCACCAUAACAGCUUUGGUAUGGACGACCUACGAAGUCCUUUGCAGGACUCCACCCCACAGGCGCCCUCUUUUGCUGACUUAUUUGUAGGGCUCGAGCAGCCGCGUCUGCACCGCCUGCCGCGACCAGGCGGAGACGCGUGCGGCUCGUGGCACCUGGCUGGUUUGGUGAACGGCAAAAACAGCGAGCGAAAGAGCAGCAACGCCAACAACAAGAGCGUCUCCGUCCCCUCCUCCGCGCUGGGGUCGAUCACCUCUCAGCUUUUCCACAUCGUACAGGACAGGUCGAACCCCGCCGCAUCUUCUCAUGAGGAGUUCGCCGAGGAUGCCGCCGGUGCCCACACCCCAAACAUCUACCGCAGCCCCCAGCUCCCCCACUGGUGGCGCAGUAUCGUGACGCCGUCCGUUGGGGUGCGGGUCUGCCUGCGGCCCAGCACCCCUCAGCUGGAAUUCUGGUGGAUUGACCGCCUCGGCAGCGAGGCCUACGAACUUAUCCAAGUCAUCCUGCAGCACUCGCUGGAGGGCAUGGUGCUGCGAGAAAGCGCAGAGUCCGUCGUGGUGGUCGAGUUUAGCAUUCCUGCAGCUUACCUGGGCAACACGAGCUUUGCGGUGUGGCACCCACCGGCGCACGCCACCCCCUCCCCAACAAGCGCACCCGCCGCGUCUGAGUCGUGGAAGGUGAAGCAAGAAGAUGGAGCAGGAGAGGAGAACUACUUCUACGACUACGAAGAAGAAGAGGAAGAAGAGGCGGCGACAACGCUGGAGGCGACGGCGAUGACCAACACGCCGCCUUCCUUGGAAGCCAACGACACCGCCGCCAUCACCUCGACCCGCCCGCAUUUGGCCACACCCAUCAACAACGGCGUGCCCUGCGCGCCGGAGCACAGCGCCGCCACCGGCACCAGCUCCACCUUCACGGUGGGGCACCAUACGGAGCGCACCGAACCGCAAAGCACCGACACCUCUGAGGUGCCCUCGCGUGAGGCGUUGCUUGGUCUGCCGGGGCUCGUGCGGGCGGACAACGCACACCACGACGCCGCUGAGCCGGCGAGCAACACCUUUGUGGUUGCGACGAAUACAAGGACGUUGACCACCACGACCACCGUCCCCUCCACAGCAGUGGCAGCAGCAGCAGCGGCGGCAACAACCACAAACGGUCUGACGGACGGUCCAGCCUUGUUGACCGAGUCCCGCCCGCUGCCACGCGCCGCCUCUGCCACCGUCUUGGAGUCCUCGUUCCAUCCCAGCGGUGGCGCCUCGCUAGGUGGGGAGACUUCCGUUCCGAUUCUUCAGCAACGCCACGCUGACCUGCCUGGGCUCCCCCGAUCAUCGUCCUCCGUGGACAUCGUUAACAGCUACUCCUCCUACUCGACGGUGGACCGCAGCAGCAGCGUUGUAACCGCAGGCGGUGGGCACUCCGACCCGGCGGUGAUGGAGCGGCGCUUUCGCAAGGAGCCGCCGCUGUCGCGCAUUCUCAUGCUGACGCCGGCCCUCAACAAAUUUCAGGUCUGUUCAAGCGGCGAGCAGCGCGCCGUAGCGGAAGACGACGAGCCAUCCGCAGCGGCAGCAACGGCAGCGGGGAAGGAGCGGCAACGGCAACCUGCGAGGAAGACGCGCACGCAGAGUGCGCCUCAGCAGCGAUUCUUUGCCACGCCAAAUCCUCCCAUCAAUCUCGCUGGAAAGUGCAGCGCUACCCCGUUUCUGCGCACACCUCUCACACCGCGCGCACAAGGCUACUCAUCGGACCAGAGCGACGACGAUUUGGAUGACACCAGCGUCGCGGACAGCCACGACAGCGUCACGGAGGAGGAUACGGAGCGUAGUGGCACCCCACCCUCUCCUGGCCUGCCACGCACCCGACGCCAACACGGCCGGCCGCCCCCGUACGAGCUGCCCACUACGGUGUUUGUGAGUCCUACGGAUACGAGCCAGAGUCUUCACUUGCGUGCCCAUCCGCGUGUGCAGUCAACGGAUCGGACAGGGAGCGUGAACAGCAAUGAGAGCUGCAGCCGGCAGAGCAGAGGUGAUGCGCCGCCGCACGCCAGUGUGACCUACGACGAGGACCCGUCUCUCCUGCACGUCGACCCUCUCUCAAAAUCGGAGGACACGAGCACCUGCCACGACAGCAGAGAAUCACCGCUUCGGCACCUCUCGCCCCAGGCCUCCACCUACUACGACUUCUUCCAGCGCAGUAAAACGUAUGGGGAGUGGCUGCGCACAAGCAACACCCAGUCUCGCUACUCCUCGUCGUCGCACGGCUCGUCCUCCGCCGCCGCGGCGGGAGUCGGCGGUGUCCUCGCGGCGAGUGGCAGCGCCGGCGAGAUGGCGAAUUUGUUCGAGGGAACGACGCCCACCACCGCCAGCGCGCGCGAGACGGAUAAAGGCGGCGACGACGACUCGGUGCUCGUGCGGCUGUCGCUGCCAACGUCGGUGUGCAUUCCAGUCGUUAUCGUACGCCUGCACGCGCUGCGGCUGCUGCACCCCCUCCUGCGUGCCCUCACGAUCCCCUACAGCCGUCCGCUGUUUGCCGCGGCGAACGCGGAGGACGAUGACGGGAUGGAAGGAGCGUUGCGCACCGCAGCCACCGUCUCGCCCUUCACGUCGGAGUUGGUGGGCCACACCGCCGCGGCAGACUACCACACGGCGGUGCAGGUGAUCAACGACGCCAUCAGCCGCGAGGAGGAGAAGCUGACGACGGCCGCACCGUCCGUGGACGACGUGACCGCGAAAGCCGUCCCAACAAAAAUCCCCUCCGGUCUCAGCGGUGUCGCACCCCCACCCUUGCAGCCGCGCGACCUGUCCAUCCUGUACACCAUUCGCAGUCAUUUGUUCUUCCACAUGUCGCCCGACUACCUCCACGACAGCCUACGCGACGCCGAGGCGGCGCUGUCGUGCUGCCCGACGCCGGAGCACGUGUGCAACACCUACGAGAUCCUCGCCGCCUGCCUCAUCAGCUUCGGGCACACCGCACAGGUCGGGCGCUUGGCGGCCCACCUGCGGCAUCGCUGUCGCCCGCCUACCCCGCUCCUCACCCGGCUCGGUCGGGUCACUCAGGUGAUGGUGUCCUACGGAACGCUCUUCUUGCACCAGCAGCUGAAUCCCACCCUGCUGCGGCACAACCUCCUUGGCAGGGGCGGGAGUGGCGGUACGCCGGAGCACUCCAAGAACCCGCAGUCGUUCCUGUACAACGAGGGGGUGGAUUCGACCCCCUUAGACGACCCUGCGUACCUCAGUCGAGGCUCGUAUCCCGCGGGGGGUGCUGCCGCAGCAGCAGCAGCAGCGGCUGGCACCAAUCCAAACAGCGGAGCAGCUGAAGCGACAUAUGCCAACCGGAGCCUGCACAUGUCCUCCCCCACUUCCAUGCCUCUGGUGGUGGUCGGCGGCGGCAUCGUUGACCCGCCCGUGGGUUGGGGCCGGCACUCCUCGACGUCGCGCCACGCCAGCGGAGCCAAGGGAGCCGGGCCGUCCACGUCGCUCGUGCAGCGCACCCUACCCUACGAAGUUUGCCCCCUCCUGUUGGGCUAUUACGGAAAGAGCCUCCAUCGCCCGAGCGUGAUCAGCGAGCACCCGUACCCGCUCCCACUCCCCCUCUCGCCGCGCGUCGCAGAGCGCUCCUCGUCGCCCAGCAACGGCGCGGCGGUGACGAUGGUGCCGGCAAAGGACAGAGACGGCAUCAGUGCUCAUAAUACGAGCAAUAAUGCACACGGCCGUCGCCGCCUCCAACAUCGGCGCUUCUCCUCUCGCCCGAGCAACGAUGUGUGCCACCGUCGUCUCUUCUUGCUGGAGACGCUCUUCCCGAGUGUGUUGCCGCAGAGGGCGGAGAGUGGCACGCCGCAGGACAACCCCCUCCCACGCUCCAGCAUCUACCGCGGGUUCAUUACGUCACGCUGCUUCCAGAACAUGCGCCGCUCCCUCUCGAAGGGUGACGUCGACGUCUUCGUCGACGCGGGAAAUAGCGCGGGCAAGUCCGCCGCAGCGAAGAGGGAAAAGCGGAUUAAGCCGGAAGAUUUCAUGUACGACCGCGACUCCGUGUUAGCGCUGCUGGCGAGCACCAUCGACACCGCGAUCCCCUACGGCACCGUGUCAAUGCGCUACUUUAACCGUCACAUUCGCCUGUCCGCCACACGUCGCAUUUUGAAAGGGGACCCGGUGCUGCUGGAGCGGCCGGCGCUGUUGCUGGCGCUGUGGCCGCUGCCGUACGGGCGUGGUGGCCGCCUGGUGAGGGCAGGAAGCUCUUCUUCCCUCGCGUCCGCAUCCUAUCCCCAAGGAGGCGAAGGGCCAGGCGGAGAAGACGCGACGACGGUGCCGGGCAGCAGCGCUGGGACUUCACAGCGUACGGUGCAGCCCGCGUACUGCAUGCAGUGUGGACGGCAGCGGCUGACGCGUCUCAUCCACUGCCCCGGCAAGUGCGGCUCCACGUACUGCUCCGAAGCCUGCCGCCGAGAAGCGCUGCGGCUCUAUCACGUAGUGGAGUGUGGCGGUCUGGCCGAACCGCUACCCGUCACCGCAGCUGCGGCGGAUGCCAGCGAUGGCGGUGGGGAUGACGAUGCAGCGCGGGUGCAGUGUGCCGUGGCGUCCCUGCAGGACAUCUUUGCAGAGUGGGACAACUUUCUCUACCGCUUCGCGAACUGGGACACGCCGAGUAUGCGGUCCACGACCCCGGCCGCCUACUGCACCCCCUCCGUCUCCGUCGUGACCUCGCCGAAGGAAUGCGGCCUGGAGCCCUUCCCACGACGGCCACCGAACCAGCAGAGCGCUCCGCCGAAGCCCGGGAGUCACGGCAGCGCCGACGGAAACCCACCAGUCACGAAACGGCGCCCACCGCCGCCGAUUCUGGCGGUGACGGCGCAGCGUGCCAUGUCGCGGCUUGUCGCGAUGGUUUUGUGCAUGGUGCUCCCGGUCGAGCGCCUUCCGCACCUUCGCGCGGACAACGAAGCGUUAAUGAAGGAGUGGGCAGAGGAGCGGCACGCCACCGUGCGGGCCGUCGCGCAGACCCUGUGCAGCCGCGGCCUGAUGGUGCCUGCCUCCCCGCAUGUAAGCCGCACGAACAGCUACUGCACCAGUGUGGACCCACAGCGGCUGCUGCUGUUGGAGGUGAUGCUGCAACAGCUCUCCGUCCCCUUCUUUGCCGACUUCACCUACCGGGCGCCGGCGACGGUGUGGGAGGCGGUGAAUGAAUUCCCUUGUGCCGUGCCGCGGAAGGCUACGCCGACGGGUCGCAACAACGUCAGCGUCAGCGGCAACUACAGCGGAGGCGGGGGUCCGUUUGACGGAGCCAACUUCAACGGCCUCCCGCCCAACGCCACGCGCAACAGCAGUAUCUUUCCUCUCCCGAGUCGCGCAGCUCCUGCGUCGAAGCCGCCCGCAAAGCCAGGUCAGCGGCACUGGGUUGUGGAGCUGACCACACAGCAGCUCGAGGAGCUGAUAUGCACGACGCACCUCAUGCUGCAGCGUAUACACGACGUCGUGAGCACCGCAUUAGAGGGUGUCUACGUGCUGCCUCGCAACACACCCCGACAGAAGAGCGACGGCGAGGCCAUGGCCGGUGCGCCACUGCACUGGACCUGCACGGAGCUCCUCGCCUUUCUCCCCAGCAUCCGCGUCUUUGAGGAGUUGCUCGAUUUCUGCCUGACGAGCUGCGCAGUGGUGUAUCCGGAGAGCGCGGAACCGGACGGCGGGACGGGUGUGAACAGCAGCAGCAGCAGCCUGCCAACUCCGAACAGCCACAGUUGGACCAACACGCAAAGUGCAAUGCUGAGUCUUGGCGGCGCGAAAUCCGGCGACAGCGCGAGCUCUUCGGACAGCACGGAGAAGCGGCCGAGCGAGGCCGCGCCGCCGGUGGUGCCAAUGGCGGUGAUCGGUCCUUGGACGUCUCUCACCGUGGAUCUGUACCCCAUUGUGGGUCACUCCGGCUGGGGCGUGAUUUACUCCCGCUUUACGGUCGAGCACGAGCAGCAGCGUCGCAUGAUCGCCUACUGCGCGGCGGCGGCCACACGCCGUGGCGGUGCCGGGGGCGGUAACUUAGGAGCCAGCGGCUACGGUAGCGGUGUCGAGGACGACUCCUUCCUCUCCAUUCACUCCAUCGCCUCGGCCUCAGCGGCGGCGGUGCUGAACGGGUCAGUGCUGUCACCCGGCGCGGAGGACCUCGGGCGGUCCACCCCCUUCCGCGAUGACUGGAGUAAUCAGAUGCUGGAGGAUGCGGCGAGUCGCAGCUGUGCGAACCUCCAGCUCUCCCUCGUCCACUCUCUGCCUUCCAGCGAUGUGGGUCGGCCGCCGACGGUGGCGAUCGUGAUGACGGCGACGAAGAACAUCCAGCUUGGGGACGUGCUGUGGUGGGAGUCGCUGAACAUUGGUGAGUACUUGCAUUCCAUUUUCUAA